UUUGACAACAAAUAACACGUGAGGAAAGCGGCGGAGUUAACCAAAACAAACUUCGAAAUGCCUAAAAUUAAGAAGGAUAUCGACAAGCUGAAACACCCAAACAGCAGAAAAACCCUAAAAAUCAUAAGUAAAAUAAAGAAACACGAGAAGAAGGAUCAGAACAAAGUAGGUACACACAUAAAACAAAACCUCAUUGGUGAGAAGAUUCUAUGGUUCAAAGAAAGAAUACCGGAAGAUUGUGCAGUUUUAAAUAAAGAACAGACUUUGGAAUUGAUUGAGGAGUAUUUGGCGCGUUUUGACGAAGAGUUGGAACAAAUUGCUUUGAAGAACUCAGUUGGGCAAAGAAAAAACCGCCAACAUGCCAGCAGGGAAGAUAUAAUAAACAUUACGAAGAAAAAUGAACAUGAAGAAUUUGAAACAUGUGGCCUAGAGAUGCCUGAUCUCUUAGACCAUAAGCAGAUGGAAGUACUCAGGAAUUGGAAUGGAGAACUGCGAUUUCUACAGCAUUUCAAACUAAAAAGAAUAGCUAGAAAGCAUUUAAUAUAGCAAUAAAAUAUAA